CCGCGAGGAUCCCUUGGUAACGUGAUUCCGCGUCAACAUAUUGCUUUGGCGUCUAUUGUGUUGUAUGCGCCACCACAUCACUCAAUAGAUGUGAAGCAAAAUUUGCUAUUUCACAUUCUGCUCCAUGCAAACUGUCUUCCCGGCCGCCAUCGCAUCGAAGCGGCCCGCCAUGUUAGUCACACCUAGCAAGUUUAAAGUGCCCACAGUCUGCUCCUGAUGACGACGAAAAGUGGCUAUUACGUUGGCCAAAGACUGUCGCUGAGGAGUCAAACAUGCACUGUACGUUACGUGGGUGCUGUGGAAGGAAAAUCUGGAGAAUGGCUGGGCGUAGAAUGGGAUGAUACUACUCGCGGCAAGAAUGCUGGCACCGUUGAAGGAAGUACUUACUUCCGAUGUUGGUCGAAGUCUGCGACUGCUGCAUCGUUCAUCCGUCCAAACCAGCAAUGGGACAAGCCAAGUUCUUUCCUACAAGCAUUGAAGGAAAAGUACGUCUUACCAAAUGUCGGUCUCUCCAUCCAUGCACAGGGUGCUAUCUACUUCUCGAGCAAACAGGCAGAGGAAGUGGGUUUCGAGAAGUUCGCCGCACGACAGGCAGAGCUGCGCGGCAUACGUACACUUGUACUUGACCGUAUGCGUAUCCGUCAUAGUCCUUCCGAAGACGGAGACUCCAACGAGAUAACUGCGCUCUGUGGAGAGGUUACUGAACUCGACAUCAGCGGCAACCUCUUCGAGACUUUCGAAGAAGUUCAACUACUCUGCCGAUGCCUUCCAAAGUUGAGAAGCCUUACAGCGGAUGCCAACCGUCUCUGCAAAUUAGAUGCUCUCGGUGGUCGCGAUCACAGCUUGGCCACGAUAAAAGCGCUGAGUCUCGGCAACGUGUUGCUCGAUUGGGAUGCCGUGGUGGUUAAGGUGCUUGCUCUAAUCUGCCCGAAUCUAGAAGCCUUGACAGCCAGCAACAACGAGUGGACUCACGCAACUGUGCGACUAGCACUUAGUAAGCUGAGACUACUCGAACUCUCAGGCAAUGAGUUUGUAUCGCUGAGCGACGUAAGCUGCGUUGCUGGGAGCAACGUGGAGACGCUUCUGCUUAGGAAAUGCAACGUAUCCGCAGUCUGGUCUCAAGCAUCCUCCGAACACCAGCUGGCCUACACCUCCGUCACUGAGCUUGACAUUCGUGACAAUCAUAUCGAGGACUGGUUCUUUUUCGAUGAACUGAUCACAAUGUGUCCGAAUCUCCGGCAUCUGCGCAGCGCUGGCAACCCGCUCUACACACUGUCUAAGCGCUACGACGGUAAGGAGCUCGCCGCUGAGGAUUGCUACAUGCUUACAAUUGCUCGGUUGCCUGGUUUGUGCUCGCUCAACUACAGCACUAUCACCGAAAAGGACCGUCUGAACGCCGAUGUCUUCUACUUGAACCUCAUCGUAGCCGAGGCAGCCGCCAGCACACCUGCUGCUCGACCCGCUGUCCUAGCGCGGCACCCUCGGUUUGCUGCUCUGUGCGCUGAAUAUGGUGAGCCGACCAUUCUCAGUGACCGGCAUGCCCUCGUUGCGACCAUUGACCGGGAUGAUCCAAAUUCACUAGCUGCCCGCCUCGUCAAAAUGCAUUUCACUCAUGGAUCCCUGCAAUGGGAGCAGGUUGUACCUCGCUCAUGUUCCAUGUAUACUUUGCUAGGAUUCGUCGGCAAACGUCUAGGUAUUAUGCCGCUGAAGCUGCGGCUCUUUCUUUCAACAAAUGAAGAAGAGCCCCUUGCGAGGCCUGAGGACUACCAAGGGCCCGUACCAUGGGACAGUGACGACGAACAGGAAGCACAUGAGCUUUGUUUGGAUCCUACCUUGUCCGCAAGCCGCGGGGGUUCGCUGGCUAGAAAGGUCGAGCUUACGGCAGGUACCAGGACGCUAGGAACGUAUCUCAGUGGUGACGAAGCUGCCGUCGAAGCUGUAACGAAGUGAGAUGCAAUGAUUCGACAAGCAUACGACUAUCGGAGCCAAGAUCCAUCAAGUUGCACUCUUAUCGCCAAAUGCAAACUUGCAGCAUGUCUCCUUACGGCUGUACUGCGCUUACAAAGUCCUCCCCUUCAACAACGACCAUUGAGACCAUUUUCAUCAACCAUCCGCGCCAAA